UUAGUCUAUACUAAAAGGCAUUACUGUUUCAAUCUACCAAAUUUACUUGUUUGAACCAACAACAACAACAAGACAAAAGCCAAACUGAAAACUAUUAAAUGAUUUAGAAAUAUUAACAUUUAUUAUUGAGAUUGUGUCCUAUUUCUGCCUGUCUGAAAUCUUCUUCUAUAUUGUACUUCUUCUUCUUCUUAUUAUUAUCAUCAUUAUUCAUUUUACAUUUUUACCCCUAUUCAAUAUUGUUACUGUAAUUCAAGACAGUUGAAUAGUAACACAAAAAUUAGGAAAAAAAAGAAAACCGUAUCAAAUUGGUUAACUUAUUGAAUGAGUUUUGUUUAAAUUAGUAAUAUUUUAGUGCGCGCACACACACACGCACACGCACACGUACACACAUACACACAACAACAACAACAAAUUUGUUAUCAGCCAUUCCAAGAUUUCUGAGUUAAUCACUAUGAGAUGAAUGGAAUAAAAUCUUAUAUGAAUUGAAUAUUUGAAUGGAACAUAAUAAACGACCUAUUUACUAUCUAAACUAUUAUUAUUAUUAGUAGUAGUAGUACAUUGCAUACAAAUUACAUUAUAUACAACAUAGUCUUACAUGUUACUAUUGUUAUUAUUCAUGGACUAUGAAUGGAUUUUAUGUUAAUAAACUUUUAAAUUCAUAAACAAAGCAAACGGAUUAAUGAUCUAUUGGAAUUCAUGAUUCUUUAUACAAGUCUUAAAAAAAUGUUUAUCCAUUAAGUAAUCUGAAUACCACACACACUCACACACACAAGGAGAGAGAGAGGGAGAGGAAGAGAGAGGUUAUUUCAAAUAAUCCACUGUCAACUAUAUAUAAUGCAACUAUCAAUUUGGAUUGAUUUUUAUCAAUAUAUUUAUAUAUUAUUUAUCCUAACCAUUCUAUUUACAAUUCAUCAUUCAAAUCAAUUAAUGUAUAAUAUUAAUGCUCAAACUACACGUAUUAUACGUAUUAAAGAGAAUACCCCAAUUGGUACUGUAAUUAUACCAAAUAUAAUUGAUUUUUUAUAUGGACCAAAUUAUUCACCAAUGGAAUAUUAUGAACAAAAAAAUAAUAAAAAAAAAGAAAAAUAUUGAUUAUUUAUUAGCUAUUGGUAAUUCAGUAAUGCAAGGUGCUAAUUGGUUUGCUAUAGAUAAUUUCAAAUAUAGUUUAUAUAUAAAAAUAUCACCAGAUCGUGAUUUAUUAUGUCCAAAUAAUCAAAAAUUACCAGAAACAGCUGUAUCUAUUGCAAAUGGUGGAAUUGAAUUUCCAGAAUAUAAUUUAAAUCUUGGAUCCAAUUAUAAUUUACAAAUUAAUAGUAAUCAUAAUAAUAAUAAUAAUAUGAAUAUGAAUAAUAAUAUUGAUAAUAAUGAUUGUAUCAUAAAAUUAUCAAUUAUACAUGGUUCAUCAGCAAAUCCAUCAUUUGAUUUUAUUACAAUCAUUUUAGAAGAUAUAAAUGAUCAUGCACCAAGUUUUAAAGAGAUUCAAACGAAUUUAGAUAGUAAAACAAAUGAAUUUGUCAUUAGUGUACCAGAAACACCAACUUUAUUGGAUAAAAAAGAUGAUAUAUCAAGUAUGAAGCAUAGAACUGAGCAGAAACCAGUAAGAAUUCUAUUACCAACAGCUAUAGAUCCAGAUCAAGGUGUAAAUAGUAUUAAAGGUUAUAGAUUAGAAGGUGAAGAUGCUUUUCAUUUUCGACUUGAAGUAGGUCCUUUAAUAAAUAAUGAUUUAAAUUAUCGAAUUCAUAAAGAAUUUCAACAUGUUGGAUUAUUUCAAGAUCAUAAAUCGAAUCGAUUAUGGUUAGUACCAGUUAGAAAUAGUGGUGGAACAACAGAAGCUAUAAAUAAUGGUGAAUUAGAUAAAGAACAACGAAGUGAAUAUCAUUUUAUUUUAGUUGCUUAUGAUGGUGGUUCACCAUCAAGAAUAGGUAAACUUCCUAUUCGAUUAAUGAUUGAAGAUAUUAAUGAUCAUUCACCAGAAUUUAAUCAAGAAUUUUAUACCGGAAAAAUAUCAGAAAAUGAUCCUGGUGGUCAUAUGAUAUUUGAAUUUUCUGCAAGAGAUAGAGAUAAUACAAAAGAGAAUGGUAUCAUAAAAUUUCGUAUCCCUGGUCAAAUGGAUCAUAAUACAAAUCAAAAUGAAAUUACUGGUCAAAGAGAUAGAAUUAGUUUAACCGAUAGUCAAUUAAUUGCUGCAGAAUUAUUUUCUAUAGAAUAUCCUUAUGAGAAAUCAAAUGAUUUAAUAAAUAUACAAGAAAAUUUCUAUAAUAGUACUGUUUAUGGUCGACUUAUUAUUAAACGUCAAUCCAAAGAAAAAAUUCAACAAGCAACAUCGAAAGCUAUUUCAAUCGCUCGACAUAAUCAAAUGAUAAUCGGAUCAAAAUUAGGAUCUAAUUUUCCAUUAAAUCAUCAAUUAAACAAUAACAAUAAUAAUGACUUACUAUCUAAUAAUGAUCAAUUACAUUUUUUUAUAGAAGCAUAUGAUAAUGGUAUAACUCCAUUAGUAACUAAAGUACCAGUAAUUAUUCAUAUUAUUGAUGUAAAUGAUCAUCCACCAGAAAUAUUUAUAUCAUAUCUUAAACCUACACAAUCUACAAUGAAUCAAUUAAAUGUAUAUAAUACAGAUAGACGACAUAUAUGGGGUAAAAUAACUGAAAAUUUAGAAAGAUCAAUCAUAGCACAAAUCACUGUGAUUGAUCAAGAUUCAACAUUAACACAAUCCGAUAUUAUAUGUAAAACAAAUGAUAGUCGAUUUUUAUUAGAAGAAAUCAAUAAUCAUUUAGAUCGAUUUAAUGAUUUUUCAUUAUAUUGGCCUAGUAACAAUUUAUAUAAUUCUAAUAAUAAUAAUAAUAUUGAUUUAAAAUCUCAUUUCAUUGAAUGGAAUAAUCAUAAUAAACCAUUAACAAAAAUAUAUAAAUUAAUGUCAAUCUCUUCAUUAGAUAGAGAAUUUAGUGAUAUACAACCAUCAUUUAUAAAAUUUUCAAUUAUUUGUAUUGAUAAUCAACAUAAUGAAUUACCAGGUGGUUCAUUAACAUCACAAGCGGAUAUAUUACUUGAAAUAGAAGAUAUAAAUGAUAAUUCACCUAUAUUUGAUCAUAAUGAAUAUACAUUUCAUUUACCAGAAAAUUAUCCAAAAAUAAAAUUAGAACAUAGUAUUCAUCCAUCUGAAAUUGAACGUUAUCCUAUUGGGAUAGUACAUGCAACUGAUAAAGAUGGAGGAAUUCAUGGAAGUGUUAAUUAUAAAUUAGUUUCUAAUCCAAGUGGUUCAAUACAGAUAGAUAAAUUUAGUGGAAUGCUUUAUGCUAUUCAACCAUUUGAUCGUGAAACUAUAAAUGAAUUAGUAUUUCAGGUAUAUGCAAUAGAUUGUACAUUAUCAAAUGGAACUAAUGAUCGACAAUGUGAUGAGUCUUUAAGAUUAACAGGAACUGCUAAUGUUCGUAUAAUUAUUGACGAUUUGAAUGAUUCUCCUCCGAUUUUUCAAGAAGCCAAUUAUCACUUUGAAGUUGAAGAGGGAUUAGAUCUUGUUAAAGUUGGACAAGUAUGGGCUGUUGAUGCUGAUCAAGAAGAAGCUGCACGUAUUUCCUAUCGUCUAGCAGUUGGAAUUAAUAAUCGAAUUAAAGAACCAACAAAUGAUGGAAAUUUUGCAGAACAAGUUACAAAGUCCUCCAACAAUCAGAAUCUUUACGAUGAAGCACUUGAGAUUACCACUCAUUUCCAAAUUGAUCCAAGAAGUGGGAUUAUUCACCUAAAGGGAAGGCUAGAUCGUGAAAGACGUGCACACUAUGAAUUUGUGGUUCUAGCGUUGGAUAACCCUAGGUCCAUACCGACUAAAAUAGCUGGAUACCAAAGACAAACAACAAAUGAAGUCAUUCAAUUCACAGCAACGGCAACAGUUCUAAUAACUGUGUUAGACCACAAUGAUAAUCCACCUACAAUACUCAGUCCAUUGAAUCAUGUAGAAUUUAUGCUAAGCCCAGAUCAGCUAAUCGCCGGAAAUACGAUAUUUACAAUACGUGCGACCGAUCCAGAUUUAGGUGAAAAUGGUACGAUUGAAUACAAAUUACUUCAAGUGGAAGAUGACCUAGGUUCAUGGAAUUUCGCAGAAUCUGUUCAAAGGAAUAGUCAAGUAAAUCAUAGAAAUACUACAGAUACGAAUUCACAAAUGAACCAAGAAAGUAAAUCUUCGAAUGUUGACUAUCCGUUUGCUGUAGAUCGAACUGCAGGCAUUUGUUAUCUUCGCGAGAAUCUACCACCGUUAAAUGUUGAUGGUCCUAGAGCUUAUAUGCUACGUAUAUUAGCCUAUGAUUUAGGAAAACCGGAUAGUUUAAACACAACUCUAGUUAUUCGUGUGGCUCGUCAAGUAGGAUCAAAUGGAGAUAUCUCAAAUGGAAUAUUAUACUCAAAUAGAAUUAAUGCUAAAGAAUAUCGACAGACUGGGAGAACAGAAACACAACAAUAUUUAUUCCCAUCAAACGAGCAUGAUUCUGAAUCCGAUGUUAAAGUUGGAACAUGGACAUCAGCAGGGCAUGCAAAAAUAUCCGAUAAAACAAUGGUCGUUAUUUUAUCAACUGUAUUUGUUUUACUAUUGCUUACAACAAUUGUUCUCCUACUACUUGUACGCUAUAGACGUCUAUUAAUACGAAAUAUUCCAUUAGAACAAAGUUUAGCAUGUGAUGGUCCUGAUUCAAAAGCAAAUGAAGGUUUUGCUGUGGGUAAACCAUUGAGUCCAACUCAAAAUAAUUUGAAUGGUUUCAACGGAUUCUUCACUGAGGUUGUUACAGCUCCUUGGGUUGGUGGUUCAACAUCUCCAGUUGUUUACCCAACUCCAUGUAACUAUCCCACUAUAUACAAUACAGGUGUUAACCGUUCAAGAGGUUUUAUAGCAAAUCCUAAUGCUUGUUGGUCACCUACAACUACUUUAUGUAAAUCACCUAUUUCUAAUCAUGAAAAUCAACGAAAAUGUAUGCAAACACCAACUACAAUGUAUCAUUCAUCACCAUCACAUGGAUUCAGAAUAUUACCAACAUUUGGUGUUACCAGUAAUUGUGUUGGUGUUGGAAAUAAUCGACAAUUUGAUUCCCCUGUUUCAAGUGUAAAUCCAUCAUUCUCUGGACUACCUAAUGGUUAUAUUCUUCAAAAUUAUAGUUUACGAGAUGAUGAUGAUGAUGUUGAUGAUGAUGAUGAAGGUAAUGGAAUACUUCAUGAAAUAACACCAAAUAAUGAAAUAAAUAAUAAAACUAUUAAAACUAAUGAUGAAAGACAAAAUCUGAAAAAUCCUAAAUCAGAACAAAUCUUUUCAAAAUCAUUAGCUAAUAAUCUUCAUUGUCAAAAUAAAUUACCUGAAACAGAUAUGAUAAGAUCAUUUUCAUCAUUGAAACGAACAGCUAUUAGUCUUGAAGAGAUUAAUGAUUACAAAGAUGAAACAAAUUCUAAAAAUUAUAGUCGUUUAGUACGUUUCCAGUUAGCGCAAGGUGAUAUACAUGAAAAUGAUCCUGCGCACAAUAUACCAAUAUCAUCUAGAAAUGAAUAUCAAACGUUAACAUCAUUUCAUCGUGGUGAUGAUGAUAGACAAUUGAAUAAAACUUCACCAUUAUUUUGUAGUUGGAUAAAAUCUAACCAACAUCAACCGAUUGAAUCAUUCCUAAAUCCAUAUGAUCAAUUAAAUUGUAAAACACAAUUGAAAUCAUCCAAACCAAACAAUAUUAAUAAUAAUAGUAAUAGUGGGAAACAAAAUCAUACUACUACAACCAAUAAUAAUAGUGGUGGUGGUGGUGGUGGUGGUGGUAAUAGCAACAAUAAUAAUAAUAACAAUAACAAUGGUAACAUUCAUACUAUAUUCCCAGAUUUUUUUCAAUUACAACCAUUGACACAUUCACAAUUAACUGAUAAUCACAAAACACCAUCAUGUGAGAAUUUAUGUCCAUCGGAUGAUUUUUACAUGUCAACAAUCAAAUCCAAUAAAAAGUCUAUUAAUAAUAAUGAUAGCAUAUUCGGUAACAGUAAUCAUAAUAAUAAUAAACUAAUGCCUACAUUGAAUAAAUGUAAUUUAUUAAAUAAUAAUCAUUCAUUAACAAAUUAUCCAACAACAAUUGAAUGUACACAUAAUAUAUCAAAUGAAUUGAAUAAAUCACCCAAUAAAUUAAAGGAAGGGGAGAAAAAAAUGAAAACAACACGUCAAUCGAAAAUGGUUACAUUGAUUUCACCAAAAAAGGAUUCAUCAGUAAUCAUUAACAAUAAUAAUAAUAAUAAUGAUACGAAUGAAAUGCAUAACUUAUAUGAUGAUAAUAAUAAUAAAGGAAAUACUAAUGUAAAUAAAUCUUUAAAUGCUGAAGGUAGUUUUGUUUAAUGUCAUAGUAACAAAAUUAUAAUGAUUACAUUUAGAUUUAAUCAUUCUCUCUUUCUUUAUAUAUAUAUAUAUAUAUAUAUAUAUAUAUAUAUGGAUAAAUAUAAACAUAAAAUUAUGUAAUUAGAAAUGCAAUUUUUGAGAAGAAAAAAGAGGCGUUUUUCUCUUUAUUUCACUUCUCCACCCUACCCCCUCACACACACACAAACACUCACGCACCAAUUUAUACACCUAUUGCGUUUAGCUCAUCUUCCCUCUAUUUUUUUCUUUUUUUUAAAAUGAAAUCGAUUUGAAUUUACACACCUCACCGAUUCAAUGUCCGAUAAGGAAAAUUUUAAAGUUACUUCUCAGUUGUUACUAUAUAUAUAUAUAUAUAUAUAUAUAUUGAGUAAAAUGACUACAGAAAAAUAAUAAAAGAGAUUCCAUCUUAAAAGUAGACAUUUCAAUAAUUCCACUAUGUAAUUAUUUACUGGAUAGAAAUCAAAAGUGUUAUUUAUUAUUGUAUUGUAUUGUAUUGAUGAAAUUACCAAUAUAGGGAAGUACCGUACAAUGCUGGUCUAUGCUUCAUUUGGGGGUAACAGGCCUAGGUAAAGUAAUAUAUACAUACGUUUUUCUUACUUUUAUUAUUUGUACAGUUAUAAAAAGCACAAACAUUUAUUUCUUUAACAAGACAACAUUAUCCCGAAAUCAUUUUCUUUUUGUAAAACCUUCAGAACUGUUCUAGUAAUGUAUUCAGACAUUUCAAUGCUCAUCUUGAAUAUUUUUUACAAGAACUCAUUCAUAAAUACAUAUAUUUAUUUUAAAAAAUAUCGUGAACGAAUCAACAACAACGACAACACAAAUCCCAGAUGAUCUAUGAAAGCUUUUAAUUCUGAUAUAAAAUGAUUCGUUUGUACUAUUUAAACUUGAAUUCAUUUUGAUUUAGUCAUUUAUUCUUUGAAGAAGUGACUUACAUUGAGUUACGAAACAUUGGAAAAUUUAAAUUUCUUUUUUUUACUCACUUGGAAUAUUACAAAUAUAUAUUACUUAAUUAGUUUCUUUAUUGCAUUUAUAACUUGCAUCGUUAAUCCUAUUGUUAUUAAUAUUAUUAUUGCUAUGUUUAAUCAACACUUGAACAUAUAUAAUGUUACUAACUAUGUUACAUUAUGACGUCGUCAUUAAGAUCUGAAGCAUUACUGAAUAUUGUAUAUAUUGUUUAUUAAUAAGAUAUGAGUAAAGUUGUUUUCUUUUUCCUUUUUUAUUUGUAAAUAAAAUGUAAAUUGAUUGUAUUUCAAUAAAGUAAUUACAUGUCUUAUAUAUUGGUUACUUGGUUACAUAAGUGAAUCACUAAGCAAAAUUGUUUUAUACAAUGAAACAUUAUUCAGUGAAUUUUAUUAUUGGUGAGAUCCAGAAAACUCCUUGAAAUAAGAAACAACCAAGAAAGUCUUUGAAAACACUGAAAAGCAUCUUAUCUAAUUAGCGUUCACUAGAAGUUUUGCCAGAAACAUACUUACUUACUGAUGCCCGUUACUUCUCUUGGAGGAGCAUAAGCUGACCACCGGCACUCGCCAUACAACUCUGUCCCAAGCAAUCCUUCCCGACUCUUUCCAGUUAUUAUUCAUCUUUUUCAUAUCUGAUUCUAUUUCGCGACGUAAUGUGUUUUUUAGCCUUCCUGUUUUCCACUUCCCUUCAGGAUUCCAAGUUAGUGCUUGCUUCGUGAUGCAGUUUGGUGAUUUGCGUAAUGUAUGUCCUAUCCAUUUCCAUCGUCUUUUUCUAAUUUUCUCUUCAGCUGAAAGCUGGUUUGUUCUCACUCAAAAAAGAAUGUUGCUGAUGGUAUUUGGCCAAUCAAUGUUGAGUAUCUUGCGAACAACAUCGAGUUCCUGAGAAGAUUGUCAACAUUAUUCCGAACUCAUACGACGGACUACAGUGCAGUCAUGCAUAGAGGACAGCUGACAAAUGCAUUCCAAGUAAGGACCGGAUUUAGACAAGGCUGUCUAUUCUACCCCUUCCUCUUUUUUCUGAUGGUUGCAUGGGUUAUGAAAACCUACACAUCAGAGGGAAAUCACAGAAUACAAUGAACAGCUCAGAAUCAGUUAGAAAACGCGGACUUCACAGAUGAACUAGCCCUUCUGUUCCAUACACACGAACAAAUGCAGAUGAAGACAACUAGUGUAGCAACGGCCUCCACACUAGUGGGCAUCAACAUACAGAAAGGAAAAAGCAAGAUCCUCAAAUACAAUACGGAAAACAUCAACCCAAUCACACUUGAUGGAGAAACUCUGGAAGAGUUGGAAUCUUUCACUUACCUGCGAAGCGUCAUCAAUGAAUAAGGAGGAUCGGAAGCAGACGUAAAGGUGAGGAUUGGUAAGGCAAGGAUAGCAUUGCUACAGUUGAAGAACAUACGGGACUCAAAACAACUGUCUACCAAUAUGAAAUCGAGAAUCUUCAAUGCGAACGUCAAAACAGUUCUACUGUGCGUAGCUGAAACUUGGAGUACCACGACAACCAUCAUCAAAAAGUACAAAUAUUUAUGAACAAUUGUCUAUACAAGGUACUCAAUGUCCGUUGGCCGAAUACCAUGAGCAACAUCAUUCUGUGAAAGAGGACAAACCAGCUUGCAACUAAGUAAGAGAUUAGGAAAAGACGUCUGAAAUGGAUAGAACAUACAUUGAGGAAAUCAUCAAACUGCAUCACGAGGCAAGCCCUAACUUGGAAUCCUGAAGGGAAACGGAGAAGAGGAACACCAAAGAACACGAUUAACAUCACUUGAGGAGUUCGAUCAUAAAAGGAGUCAUGCACUUUACCAGUGAUAGUACUGGAUCAGUGUCCAGUUAUACUAAUGAUUGAUUGUAGACGAAAAUAAGAACUAUUUAUUGCGAACUCAGUGGUUUAAAGAUUAUGCUGUCACUACCAAAAGGAUGUCCUGAGUUCUCUAUUUGGUGAAAUCGUCGCUGAACAUUUCUAUAGGAAUUCAUUGAAAUUCAUUGAAAUAAAACAAUUAUACAAUCCCUUCUGAAUUACAGUGAUUUCCGAGCUGGUGUCAAACUC